ACAGUUCAAGAUGGCGGAUGACUGUAGAGUUGACGGCAAAAGUUGCUGUCUAUUUCGUAAUUAUGUAUGCCUCGUCGAAUAAAAAACUUUUCUUUAAACAACUGUUUAGUUUAAGAAGAUGUCGGGGACAAGUAAAAAAUCAGGGCGAAGAGUGACUUCUGUUAAGAAAUUGAAUAAAAACUUUGGAGAUAUCACGCUCAACGACUACGCCAACUCGCCCGUCUCUGCCGGCCAGGGGCGACUGCGGAAGGCUGCCUCCAACAACGGGGUUCGGGAAGUGAGACACCUGGCCGUGCACCAGGAUGACCGUCACUGGGACGAGAGGCUGGAGGAGCUCAUGGGCGACAUCCGCUUCCCGGCCGCGGCCGGCGAUCACGAGGACGAGGACGAGGAUCAGGACGGCGACGUCUCCGAGCGUGGAAGGUUCAGCGCGGUGUGUUGUGUCCGGCCCGCAGCGGAGGUGACGGCGCGCAGGCCCGCGCGGCGACGCAAGCGCGCGUCCGGCGACGCGGGUCUCGGUGACCGCGAGUACCCCCUGGACGUGUGGUUCCUGAUCUCGGAGUGGAUCCGGCCGGAGGACGUGUCGCGCUUCGCCUGCAUCUGCCGCGCGGCGCUGCAGGUGGCGGCAUCGGCGCGGUUCUGGUUCCAGCUGUACCGGCGGCACUACCGCAGCGGCCUGGCGGAGCUGCCCGAGGCCCUGCAGCCCGAGAGCAUGGCGCGGCUGUACGGGCUGCGCGCGCGCGUGGUGCGCUCGCUGCAGUACACGUACCCCCCCUUCGUGGCCCGGACGCGUGCGCCGCGCCCCUUCGAGGAGCUGAGCGAGGCGCUGCUGAGGCGUCGGUGCGUGCUCAUGUGGCACCAGAAGGCGGCGAGCAGCUGGACCUACUACUUCAAGCUGAAGCGCCACGUGGUGGUGGUGGGGCGUGGCGGGCCGGCGGCGCGGCAGCCCGACCUGCUCGAGAUGCUGGAGGACGUGUCCGCCAACCACGAGGAGGGCUGCAAGCUGCUGCAGGUGACGUGCCAGGACUACGUGUCGGUGCCGCUGGUGCUGGGCCUCACGCUCUGCAGCGCCUGCGUCACCCAGGGGCAGGGCUCGCGCUCCACCCAGCGCCUGCAGCUCGUCUUCGGCUCGGCGCGCGCCUGCUUCUGGCCGGGCACGCCCGUCAUGGACGCCACCCUCGCCGUGCUGGACCUGGUGUCGGAGCUGCGCGUGCUGGACUGGUGGCACCCCCUGUACCCCGCCGCCGGCGGUCCCCAGCUCCGAGAGCUGGACUAGCCCCUCCUCCUCCUCCUCCGCCGCAUUCCUGUCUGUCUCGCGUCUGGUAAGUCACACACGUUAACUGCCGAGCUCUGUUGAAUGUGCUGCGGUUCGAUAGCUAUCACGGUUUAUUAUUCCAUUUUAAAAACGAAUUUUAGGUAGCCCAUUUCAAAUAUUAAAUUGAAGAAAGUUUCUUGAACAUGAUGUAUCCUGAAAUCUCAGACAAACCAGAACAUAAGGUGACAAAUGUAGGGUGAACCAGACCAGGCCAAGUUAAGAGUUUCUAAAUGUAUGUUUAGAUUCUGUGGACAAUUCUUGCCAUGGUGAUAGGCUACUGAAUUAAAAAAAAAAAAAUUGUGGAAUUUUUGUCGUUACAGAGGUCUAAUAUUUAUCAUGAAAUUGGAAUUAUAGUUUAUCCAGGUUCGUAGGACAACCUGAGUGGAGAUUGACUUGUCGCACAGGACGCCUGCUAACAGACAACUGGAGUGUUUGGCAGUGUAGAGUAGCAACGUUUCCUCUCUUUAUGCUAGAGAGAGAAUCGGAGGUUUCAAAAUUUAAAAAAAAUUGUUAUUUGCCGUAAUUUAAACCAACUUGACACUAUCGGGUGAUAACGGUUUUAUUAUAUUAGCAUAUUUAAACUUUGUCAAAAGAAAUAUACAUUCCAUUGUCAGAUUUUGUGCUGAAGUUAACUUAUGAUUGCGGAAAGACUGAUGUAUGUGUACGGACGAAUGGUACCCACCCUCCUAUCCUCUUCCACAUUUGUGAAUGCAUGGUUUCUCGCCCACCCCUCAAGAGACUGGUAUUGUGUGGACAACCUCCCCUCACACCAACCCCUCCACCCCAGACAGAUAGUCGCUGCCACAACUACCGGUCUAGUUCCCUAGUUCCCUGUCUGCAGCGCAGCGUCCUGGUGUUCCCGAGCGCUACCGGCAGUCCCGUCCGGCACUCCGGUGGGCCGGCAGUGUACAACUGCGUGUGUGUAGGGUUGUUCAGUUAAGCACAAGGAGUCUUGCCUAGCAAAGUGUAGCUAUAUGUAUGUAUGUACUUGAGGUGACAUGAUAGUCUACCCUCCGUCUUAAUCAAUUGCAUCGACGAUUAGAUACUCAUUCCUAAGGAAUCCAAACAGUAUCCAUUUCCAUUUUUGAUAGUGAAAAUGAAUCAUCCUAGUUUAGGUUAGUUUUUAUAUUUCUUAGACUACUUUCAUUUAGAGAAAUGAUUUUCAAUCCUUUUAAGUGCAGUUCUGUUUUAAUAUUUAAAUUAAUGCUAGAAGCAAGAAUUAUAAACUCCAUUUUCCUCUCCCUAGUUACAUGGCGGAAAGAAUCAGCGGCAAGAUGUUUAACACAACCAUAAUUUGUACAGGAUGUUUUCAAACUGCAGGGCAUGAAUAAAUGGGUAGCGGAAAAAGUUUUUAAGGGACAUAUAUGUGGAAAUGAAACCCUGCAAAGUUACAGGCGCAAACAGUACUGUGCAAAUUUGAUUUGGCGUGGCUCAGGGCACUACUCACUGGCCAGAGGACGAGCGAUCGCGACACAGAGGCGUUCAAAUGCCCCGUAGGAAGCAGGCGAUGGGCCGGACACAGACGUCUAGUCAGCUGUACACACUAGCAACCAGCUUUUCACAUUCCAGGUUGGCCCGGCAACACAACCCGGAACAAUAACAAAAUACAUUUAAAACACUUGACAAAAUUGAGUUUGUAAGUUACCUCUUUAAUUGCAUUUUUCUUGGCGAGUAGUCGCACGUUGCGACGAUCGAGCGACGACUAACUCCCACCACGCAGUUUCCUUCCUCUGCAAAGCCAUAGCAAAGGGAGGCAACCCCGUGGGCCGACCAACCAGUCGCAACACAGUAUGUUUCACUCUAGAAGUCCGGAGACACGUCAUGCCACCCCAAGACUCGCUCUGAUUGGCUGGCGAGACUGCGCCCGGCGAAAGUUCCUGCCUAUUGCUGCGCAGUCGUGCGUCCACGUGCUGGGUUUUUUCAAAAAAUGCUAACUUGAGGCGUGAAAAACAACUUGGCUGGCGACAGUGGCGUGCCCGUGUCUUCCUUCCUUUUAAAACCUUCUAGAAUGUCCUCGAAUGUUCCAUACAGUCUUACUACCCAGAAUAUGCCUUAAAAUUUUGAUAUAACGUAAUUAAUACACCUGUUAAUUGUAAAUGUUAAAGUAAACAAAUAACAAUAAAACAUUUACAUAAUAUAACCGAAAUUAAUAAUAUUCACUUUCAAAAUGCAAACUAAAUACUUGCAAUACCUAUGCGUAAUAAAAGAAACAUUAAUAAAAAUAAUAAAAUAUUUUUAAAAAAACAUUAACAUAAAACAUUCUUAUUCAAGUAUCAUUGGUAGUGGGGGGGCAGGAAUUCUGCAAUUUUACAAGCUGACUCGAUACAGAACAGUGUGUGAUGUUACGAUUACAGUAGCGCAGUGUUGACUGUUAGUAUAUUGCCAUGCUUACAGACUAUACAAACAGCAUUAGCAUGGCAGACUAAUUAUUCGCAGACAUGGCUGAUAUAGUUGCAUACAGUGUUUAUCCAGUAAAAUAUUGUGUACAGUUUCCAAGGGUACUUUCACAACAAACGUGUACCUCAUAGGAAGGAUCUUCAUGCAGGUUAACUAAAAAUUAUUUUUAGAAUAUUGUCAAGAGUCAUUUUAUGCAUGUGGAAAAAACAAAUAGAAGAUUUUAAUGUUGGUUUAUAAAUAUUACAUGAAACUUAAAAGUAAAUAGCACUAAUAUUUAUAAUCUAACUUUAUCAGAGAACUAAUGAAAUGAAAAUUCAUGUGAGAUUGGCCACUUUUUGGACAAUUUAAUCCCAGUUAGUGUUGUCUUACAUUUAAUACUGCAGAUGGUCCGGCAUCCAACUGUCGGAAUGGCUGAUGGUUCGGUACCUGCGAGGAAUGGACUGACUUUAGCCAAGUGAGAGAACUGAAGUUAAAAGGCUAUACUUCUUAGCCAAGGUAAAAAAAACACUUUCACACGCGUAAGUAGUAGUAGUUUUGCAUGAAUCCGGAUUGGUUGAGAUCGUUCGGAAGUGUACAAACGAGUCUUUAGUUUUGACCUGUGUUUGUGUUCAUUUAGUUAUCCUUUAUUCCUGCUAAGCAAUAUUUGUUGCCACUCACCAUCUUACAGAUGUAUUUGCUCUACAACUUGGCGUUUAGCUAUUUCCGGGGAUACCACCUGAUAGUCUGGCACUUUCGUAAUCUGGAACCAGCAAAGACCCAAAUGUCCUGAAUUAUCAAUGUCUACUGUAAAUAAUUUUAUGUUUAUCUUUCAAUCUAAAUUAAUAAUGUUCCUGAGUUUUUUUUAAUUCAAAGAUGGACUUUUGUUUGAUCUUUCCCUUUUUUUUACCCAAGGUAGUGCUUACAUUUAUGGUUGACAUGCAUUGCAGCAUUGGAGGUCGUCUUACAUUGAAUUAUUUAAUAUCUAUUCCAAAACAUCCUGUAGGACUGAAUAAAUGUGAUGCAUUGUAUUAAAAAAUUUAAAUUGAUAGUAAUUCAGUAUUUUGUUUUCACUUUAAACUAGUGCAUUAAAUUCAUAUAAACAAAAUGAACAUUGUUAGACACUCCAGGUUUAUUUAACUUCAAACUUUGUUCUUGUUGAUAAUAAUUGUGAUAUAUUCAGUGUAUACAUCAUUAAUUUGUCUACUUAAGAAAUAGCAUAUUGUUUCCUAGUAUGACUAUAUUUAAUACCUAUUGCUAUUAGCUAUUAAUUAUCUUAUUGAAAUUGAUGCAAUUAUAAGUGAUAUUGAUAAUAUGUAAAUAUAAUUGUAAAGGGAAGUAGUAAUUCCUCUGCAUUUGUUUUGUAGCAUUUAUAGCAAGAACUGCCAUUUCUGUUUCUAGAUUUUUCUUUUACAAAAGUUACUUGUUACUUAAUCAAUAGCAUCUGAGUUGUGUUCAUAUAAACUGUAAAUUUUUAUUCAUAGUUUGUGUAUUAGGGUUUUUUUUUUUCCAGUAUUUUACUUGUAUGAAUUGUUUUAUUACUGGUAAUGAUGCUGGUUCUCAACAAACAGUUUGGUAGCUGUGGCAUUCACAUGCUUGCAAAACUAUUUUUUGUUUAUAUGAUAUAUGUAACGAUCUUAAGCAUACAAUGUUGAUUACUUAUCAAAAGGAAUGAACUUGUGGCCUUGUACACACAUUUUUUUUCUCUCUGAGUAGACCUCAGAAUAGUAAAUUAAAAUAUUUACAAUGAUUUUAAGUACCUAACUGAUUACAUAAAAAUUAAUAAUUUUUGUGUAAUUUUUAUGCCAAUAUGUAAAAUUACAAUGGAGACAUGAUAUCUUGCCUAAAAUUGCAGGCAAGGUGGAAUCAAUUGCAAAAAUGUAACGCAGUUAAUGCUGUAAUAAUAGUAAAUGUAUUUGUUUGGUGAGUGAGUAUUCUUUGAAGCCGGUGAUAUUUGCUGUGUCGUUUUUCCUCUCUCCUCUCUCCUUCGCUCUAGCUACAGCGAGAGUAUCUUUGUAACCAUACGUGCUGUGACAAGACCCACUGAGUACUGUCGUGAGGAGGACUUGAAGGUGGCUACCCAAAGUAGUUGUUACGUUUGUUAGUGUUUAAUUCAGUGACGCGUGGGCGCUGAUCAAGUCUGUGAUAACCGCAACGGCCCCCGGCGAGGACCUUGACGCGUGACGUGUGGUUGCCUGGUGCUACCGAUGUUCAGCGCUGUCUGAUUGGACGUGCAGCCUUCUGUACCUUGUCGCUCCCGCUUGGCAUUCGCCAGCGAGCGAGCCGCGGGCCAGUCUGUGGUCUGCCACGCCUCGAACCUCCCUCGGGCAGCUGGGGGGGGACGCUUGCCUCGGCUUCCCGAGACCGCUAACCAAAUGGUUGCUGUUCCUUCAACAGCAGCACGUUAAAUCCCUCUUGAUCUGUCGUUACGUCAAACACAUUCCGGUGAUGGCUCCUUUUAUGAUGGCUUUGCUCAUAGAACUGAUUUCAGACACACUUUUUUUUAGCAUCUCAGUAAAACUCAGGCUCGGGCAAGCUUGUCUUGUCGUGCCAACAAUUUUCAUUGUGUACAGCAUUACAGAAAUGUAUUCACGAGCCUGAGACAGCCAAUGGUUAAGUAAGUGGUUCAUGAAGUCUUCAGGAUUUUUAUUUUAGGCGGGAGUAAUUAUUUAAGGAGGAAAAAGGCUUUUGCUGUGGAGUGUAAAAGUAAGGCCAAUUCUAAGUGAAAGUGUCAUUCAAACACGUCAAUUCUCAACUGAAUUUCAAGAAAGGUAUUACAAAAAUGGGAAAAGUGCUGGCCAGUAGUAAUUGUUUGUUGUGUAUAUUCAUCCCCUCCUAGAAAAGUAACGUUCUGGCCGAGUGGACUCGACGAAGGGAAUGCUGUUUGUUUAUCAUAUUUACAUGAGUUUUAUAGCUUUUUGAGAUGUCAGGUUCAGCUCACGUAGCAACAUCUCCCGUCCUGAUGUAGGGUUCCGAUUGGCUUCCUUGAGAGGAAGAAUUGUCGAUAGUGACCAUGCGUGUCUUGUUGCAACUACACAGUUAGGCCUGCAGAACACAGACUGGACGCGUGCUCGCUCGACGAGUGUGGGGGGGACACUCUGGAGGCUGCAUGCGUGUGUGUGUGAACAGUGGCGUAUACAGACUAGGCUCCAGAUGCUGUUUAGCUUAUGAAGCUGUUAAAAUUUUAUCAAUUUAUUCCAGAAAAAAAAAUUUUCCAUGACAGGACUACCAUUUGUAUCAAUAGGUGAAAUGUGGUGCUAUAAAUAGUAAGUGAAAAUGACACUCCAAGAACAAGUUUUAACGACUUCCAGCCUAACCCUUGCGUAUGCCGCUGUGUUAAAGCAUGUGUCCAUGUUACCUUGUAGUGUUAUUUGUGUGUACGCAUGAUGUGCUCGUGUCAAGUGUCAUAAAUAUAUUUAUAAUAAAUA